GUGAAAGUAUUGGCUUUGGAUACUUAGGCUCUGCCUCACUCUAGAGAAAAUGCCAGGCCCAGGAUAAAAGGGCUCCUUUAGCUCUGGGUUCCUCAGUCCUCAACUAGCACAGAUCUUACUGCUUCCACUGACUAGGCUUAUUGACUUCCUCUUGAAAAAUGUCCUGUCAGCAGAACCAGCAGCAGUGCCAACCCCCUCCCAAGUGCCCUCCCAAGUGCCCUCCCAAGUGCCCCACCCCAAAGUGCCCCCCGAAAUGUCCCCCUAAAUGCCCCCCAGUCUCUUCUUGCUGCAGCCUGGGUUCCAGUGGCUGCUGUGGCUCUAGCUCUGGGAGCUGCUGUGCCUCCGGAGGUGGUGGCUGCUGCCUGAGCCACCACAGGCCUCGCAGAUCUCUUCGACUCCGACACCGACACCAGAGCUCUGGCUGCUGCAGCAGUGGCGGUGGCGGUGGCUGCUGCAGCAGUGGUGGUGGUGGUGGCUGCUGCAGCAGUGGCGGGGGCGGUGGCUGCUGCAGCAGUGGCGGUGGUAGUGGCCAGCAGUCUGGGGGCUCUGGUUGCUGCUGCUGACCUGAGCCAAACGACCUCAGAGAAGCAGUGCUGGAGGAACCAACAUGCAGAAAACCUGUUCCUCCCUGCUCACCCUCCCUCCUUUAUCUGUCUUCAUUGUCCUGGGCUCUGAAAGACUGAGCUGUUCCUUUGGAAGGUCAUGAUUUACUUCCAAAUGGUCAGUUUCUCACUCCUCUUCUAUAUUUCUAAAUAAUAAAGUAUCAUGCAGAGCCUCA